UUGCGCCGGCCGACGUUUGCGUAGCCCUCCCGGUCGGAGCUCACUUCCUGUUCAACUUUGACUUUCUCGGGCUUCUGAUGAAAACUGUUCUUGGAGGAUGAAGCUGUACUGCUUAUCUGGUCAUCCAACUUUGCCAUGCAAUAUCCUGAAGUACAAGUCCACCACCAUCAUGCUGGACUGCGGGUUGGACAUGACGUCGGCCCUCCACUUCCUCCCUUUGCCACUUGUCCACAGCCCAAGGCUUUCUAAACUACCAGGCUGGAUUACAAAAGAUGGAAACACUAUGUUAGAAAAGGAGCUGAAAGAUUGUGCUGGGCGAGUGUUUGUUGACUCAGUACCAGAAUUCUGUCUCCCUGAGACGGAGUUAUUGGAUCUGUCCACUGUAGAUGUGAUCCUGAUAUCAAAUUAUCACUGCAUGAUGGCUUUGCCCUACAUCACAGAACACACUGGCUUCACUGGGACAGUGUAUGCUACUGAACCCACAAUGCAGAUUGGAAGGCUACUCAUGGAAGAGCUAGUAAGCUUUAUGGAGCGUGUACCAAAGCCACAGUCUGCCACCCUCUGGAAGAACCAGGAAAUGUUCAGGCACUUACCUGCUCCUCUAAAAGAUGCUGUGGAGGUUUUGACUUGGAAACGUUGCUAUACAAUGUCAGAAGUUAACUUGGCCCUAAGUAAGGUUCAGCUCGUAGGGUAUUCUCAGAAAAUAGAACUGUUUGGUGCAGUGCAGAUCACUCCUCUUAGCUCGGGUUACUGUCUAGGAAGCUCUAAUUGGAUCAUCCAGUCGCACUAUGAGAAAGUGGCCUAUGUAUCGGGAUCAUCACUACUCACUACCCAUCCACAGCCCAUGGAACAAACUUCCUUGAAAAAUAGUGAUGUCCUCAUCCUGACUGGAUUGACUCAAAUCCCCACUGCAAAUCCUGAUGGCAUGUUGGGAGAAUUCUGCAGUAACUUGGCUGUGACCAUUCGAAGUGGGGGGAAUGUCCUGGUUCCGUGCUAUCCUUCUGGUGUAAUAUACGACUUGCUGGAAUGUCUGUACCAGUACAUCGAUUCAGCGGGACUAUCCAGUGUCCCAUUCUACUUCAUCUCUCCUGUAGCCAACAGCUCACUGGAGUUCUCCCAGAUCUUUGCAGAGUGGCUUUGUCACAACAAGCAGUCAAAGGUUUACCUCCCAGAGCCACCAUUUCCACAUGCAGAGCUGAUUCAAACCAAUAAACUAAAGCACUACCCCAGCAUCCAUGGGGAUUUCAGCAAUGACUUCAGACAGCCCUGCGUAGUGUUCACAGGCCACCCUUCCCUCAGGUUUGGAGAUGUUGUCCACUUCCUGGAGCUGUGGGGAAAAUCGAGCCUCAACACCAUCAUUUUCACAGAACCAGAUUUUUCUUACUUGGAAGCAUUGGCACCAUACCAGCCACUGUCUAUGAAGUGUGUCUACUGUCCAAUUGAUACACGAUUAAACUUUAUCCAAGUCUCAAAAUUAUUGAAGGAAGUUCAGCCAUUGCAUGUUGUAUGCCCAGAGCAAUAUACUCAACCUCCUCCUGCGCAAUCUCACCGUACCGAUCUGAUGAUUGACUGCCAACCCUCACCAAUGGCUUACCGGAGGGCUGAAGUACUGACCCUCCCCUUCAAACGGCGCUAUGAAAAAAUUGAGCUGAUGCCCGAUCUUGCAGAAUCUCUCAUCCCUUCUGAGAUCAAACCCGGCAUCUCCAUGGCAACUGUGUCUGCAGUACUGCAAACCAAAGACAACAAGCACAUACUUCGCUCACUUCCAAAACCAGUGCAGCAGCCAACUGGCAAGAAGAGGAAACGGUUAAACGAUGAGAUCCCCGAGUUCAAACCACCCAAACCACUGCUGUGUGGCUCAAUCACCAUUGAACAAUUUGUACAGAGCUUAGAAAAGCACGGCAUUACUGAUGUCAAGGUUGAGGACACACCAGAAGGACACAUUGUUCACCUUCAAUCUGAAGACACACUGAUUCAGAUUGAAGAGGACUCGACGCACAUAAUUUGCGACAACAACGAGCCACUUCGCACCAAACUUCGAGAUUUAGUCCUCAAAUUUCUGCAGAAGUUAUGAGCUUCUCUGUGACUUUUUUUUAGUGGCUUCAGGAUUUGGGGCUUGUUGAUGGGAGCACGCUGCAACUUGUCAAAAGAGGAUAAUGUGUGUAGUUGGGACUAAUAGUUUCCAGUCCCUCAAGCCAGAUCUACCUUUCAAUAAGUUAAUGACUUUUCCAUCUACAACUCCAUUUACCUGUCUUGGUAUGUAUUCUGUGAUGCCAUUGACCAGAAAAAUGUUGGCAGUCUCCAUUUUGACAUUUUCCUGGGCCCACCCCCUUCCAGCUUCAACGGAAUAUUUUGCGGAAUAAAUAGUCCCAUUUACCUAAAGAAAUUCUUCCUGACUCCACCCCCUGAAUAAACUGGCUCUCAUUUUAAGGUCAUGUUCCUGUUCUUAACUUCUAUACAAGGAAUUGAUUUGUUCUUCUCCCUCUUCCCCAAUCAAAUCCUUCAAAUGUAUCGAACACCGCAAUUAGCCCCUUCUUCUGUUAGGUGAUAGAUACAAUUGUACAAUAGAAUCCUUGAGUGAAGCCUGCAAGUUUAUAAACUUCAAUCUUAAUUACAACCAGAUGAAAUGUUGAACUAUCUGACAAAGACACUUUUUGAUCAAAACUGCAGAUGGUGGGAAUUAUUUCCAUUAAUGUAUAUGAUGUUGUGGCUCAGCUGGUUCAACUGCUGUCUGAGUCAAAGGGUUAUGGGUUUAGGUCUGACACCAUAUACCCAUGUACAAAAAUCGAGGCUGACACUUCUGUUCAGCAGAAUGAUGCCACAUAUCUGGUCGUACUGUCUUGUUGGAAUGUUAGGGUGAGACCUUAUCUUCAUUCACAUGAAGCAGAAAAUUCACCAAUAUUUCUCCCUCAGCCAUUAUCAUUAAAACAUAUUAUCAGGUGGUUGUCACUUUGCUUGAUGAGCACCAAUAAGUACAUUGUCCGUAAAGUGCUAUCGUGCAUUGUGACGAGCACUAUCUGAAUGUAGGUCUUUUUAAGUAUCAAAUUACGUACUGUAAUGUAUUAUGUAAAUAGAAGAUCAUCAUUAAUCGCAAUUUUUUUUUUUUUAAGAGAAAUUAUCUCCAGAUGACUAUUUGGUUCAUUUUUUUACAUCAUUUGAUAGAUUAAGCGAUGACUGGAAUCAAUUUUUACUGAUCCUCAAUGUUGUCUGCAGAAAAUAUUCCUUUGAACAUAAGCAUUCAAUCAAUAUAGUCAUACAACACAAACAUGUGUUAUAGGCCCUUUACCUCAUCAUAAUAUAUCUGCAUAAGACUUGUCACAGCAAAGAUACUUCCAUUAUUCCAGAACACAGCUUAAUUGACUGCUAUUUGGAAUCCAUUAUUCUGGAGACGUGAAUGUACCUUUCCAUCAUAUGGAACAUAUUCAUUAGUUAUGCAGUAUUUCUUUCUAUAAUUUUACAGAGAUGCAGCUAUGUUAUAGCAUGGAAAGAGGCUAUAUGACCCGUAGAGUUUAUUCAAUGUACAAGCAAUCCAGCUUAUCCCACUCCCCACCUUUUUCCCCAUAACCCAAGAAUUUCAAAAUUCAGAUACUUGCCCAUCUCUCUUUAAAACGGCAAUUAAAUCUGCUUAAAUAUACUACACCUGACAGUGCAUUCAAGACCCCAACCACUUGUGUAAUUUUAUUUUAUUUUUGCAGUUACCUCCAACCUUUAUCCCCAUAUUGACCCCUCACCCAAUGGGAACAUUUUCUAAAUACAUUCUUCAUGAUUUUAAAUACGUCUGUCAGAUCCCCUUACAACCUCCUUCAUUCCAAGAAAACAAUCCUGGCUUUGACAUUCUCACCACAUUGCCCUCCACCGUGGGGGUGUUCACAGAUGAGGUGGUAUGCUUUGGAUCUAGGGCAUUUCCUUCUCUCCUCCAUACUUUGCUCUUGCCAUCACUCUGAUAUAAGUUAAUAUUCGUCUCAUCUGUCCACAAGACCUUUUUCCAAAACUGUGGCUGCUCUUUUAAGUAAUUUCUUGGCAAACUGUAACCUGGCCAUCCUAUUUUUGCGGCUAACCGGUGGUUUUCAUCAUGCAGUGCAGUGACGUCUUCUUCUGCGCACCCGACUCCUGAAGAGUGCUUCUGAUCUGUUGGACAGGUGUUUGUGGAUUUUUCUUUAUUAUAGAGAAUUUUUAUGUCAUCAGCUGUGGAGGUCUUCCUUGACCUGCAGUCAGUCCCUUUGCGAUUAGUAAACUCACCAGUGCUCUCUUUCUUCUUAAUGAUGUUCCAAACCGUUGAUUUUGGUAAGCCUAAAGUUUGGCUGAUGUCUAACAGUUUUAUUCUGUUUCUCAGUCUCAUAAUGGCUUCUUUGACUUUAAUUGGCACAACUUUGGUCCUCUUGUUGAUGAACAGCAAUAAAAGUUUCCAAAGGUUAUGGAAAGACUGGAGAAAAGACUAAGUGCUGAGAGCUCUAUUAUACCUGCAUUAAGGAGGCACACACAUACCUGAGCAAUUACAAACACCCGUGAAGCCAUGUGUCCCAAACAUUAUGGUGCCCUGAAAUGGGGGGACUAUGCAUAAGCAUAGCUGUAAUUUCUACAUGGUGAAAACAAAAUAUAUAAAAAUGGCCUUAGUUAAAAUCUGGCAAGGUACACUUUAACCAUAUGUGAUUUUUUUUCUGUUACAAAUCUCAAAUUGUGGAGUACAGAGGCAAAUAAAUAAAUGAUGGGUCUUUGUCCCAAACAUUAUGGAGGGCACUGUAAAUCACUGCUAUAACUUCAUGGUAUCAUUCAGCACAGAAACAGGCCUUCCAUCCCACCAUGUCCAUGCUAACUAUCAAGUACUCAUUGAGACUACUCCCAUUUACCAGCACCUACUCUCUCUAAGUGACCUGUUGCUUCCUGUGCCCGGUCCAUAGCCCUCUAUGCCUAUGCCUCUCCGCACAUUCGCAUCAACUGCUCUAGAUUCUACCAGGGAGUCAUUUACAACACUACCAAUUUGGUAUGUGGGAGAAAACUGAUGGAAACCCAUGUGAUCGUGGGGAGAUUGUGCUGACUCCUCACUUUCAGGACUGAAGACCAGGUUUGAACCCAAGAUGCUGGAGCAGUGAUGUAGAGGUUCUACUGUGUUGCUUUUAUAUCUUUCCUAAGGUGUGCUCCCUCCCCAGCAAAGUGGACACAAUACUCCAAUUGAUGCAGAACCAGUGUUUUACAAAGAUUUAAUAUAAUUUCUGUGCUCUUGCACUGUUAUUCCUCAGUAUAUAAGCUCAGGGUCCCAUAUAUUUUUCUCAAUGCUUUUAAAACUACUAUGCCACUCUCAACAAAUUAUCCACAUAUAUGGGCGGCACGGUGGUGUAGCGGUAGAUUGCUGCCUUACAGCGAAUGCAGCGCCGGAGACCCAGGUUCGAUCCCGACUAUAGGUGCUGUCUGUAUGCAAUUUAUCUACGGGUGCUGUCUGUAUGGAGAUCUCCACGUGACCUGCGUGGGUUUUCUCCGAGAUCCUCGGUUUCCCCCCACACUCCAAAGACGCACAGGUAUGUAGGUUAAUUGGCUUGGUAAAUGCUUAAAAGGUAAAUGGUAUCUGACCACCUGGAUAGUGUCUUAUUAAUGAGAAGUCUAUAAAUUUGGAAAUUAUGACCUAUCCAUCAACCUGGUAAUACUGGCCCGUGAGGAACAUUGUGCACUUUGCUCCAGUGAGGAUAAUAAUAAUAUUUGUUUUCUCUUACAUAACUAGAUUACUGUUGGUGCUGAACUAGCCCCUUGACUUCUGUGGCCAUCAAUCUUGAUGACAAUACCAUUGUAUGGCAUCCGGUUGAGGAAGUCCACAUGUACAUCACCUGCAUUUUCUUGAAUGAAAGAAUGAAUGAUACUUUAUUAUCACAUGUGAUAUGUCACAGUGAGAGUAGGCAAAGAGUCGCCACAUACAGGGCGCCGACCAAGUUACAAAGUAUUCCAUUUAGUCCCCAAUGGCCCCUCUUUGCUCUCGGCAGCCUCCUUACGCGGGGGGGCCCCCCUUUGUUCUCUCGGCAGCCCCCCCAUGUGGGUCCCCCUUUGUUUUCUUCGUGUCACCCCCACCUCGGCCCUUCUUUGUUCUCGACGGCAUGUCCGACACCCACUGCAUGCCCAUCAGUGUCCCAUUCUCCAUUGUCCUUGUCUGUUACUUCAUUAAUAAAACACUAUCAAAUUUAUCAGUCACCAUUUAAUUUUAACAAAUCCAAGGAGACUGUCUAAUAAACCAACUUUUGUCUGUCAAUCCUUGAUUAUUGUUUCAAAGGAUUGCCCCACCACCAACAUUACAGCUUUACCACGACCAGUACCAGCCCAAAUCUACAGUUGUUUAGCCUUUGCAACAGCCUUCGUUAAUUACUUCAGCAACCUCGGAUGCAUCCCAUCUCAACCAGGUGAUUCAGUCAUGUUAAGUGCACGUGGCUUUUUUUAAGCGCCACUAUCAAUUUUUAUCCAGAUUCUCAACUCUUUCUUCAUUUGCUGAGACCCCAGCACCAAGAUUUGAUGAUUCCUCGGGGAAAUAUUUGUAUUUUGUUACAAUUUUUUAAAUUUGUGUAUAUAUAUAUAUUUAUAACUGCAUUAUUUGGUAUAAGCUGUGACAGGAGAAAAACUGAAUCAAAACUAGUGAAGUACAAACUUGGAACUGAUAUCAGGGCCCGCUUCCUCUUUGCAAAAAGCGAUGUAUAUUUUGAAUAGAAAAAAUGGCACUGAAAAACUACAAAAAAACUAUACUCGGGAUAAAUCACUAGAUAGGUGUUAACUAGAGUAUUAUGGGAACAACCCUCGCGAAUGAAUAUAAUUGUCCUGAAGAGGGUCCAAUUGGUAUUUAUUCGAUUGUAAACAAGAAUGGGGAGAUUGUAGAGAUGUUGGAAUUAUUUUUAAACAUGCAUGAAGGUGAUUUAACAACUAAAUAAAAAUUCUGAAGAAUUGGAUACAGAAAAUCUGUUUCAACAAUUAGGAUGUUCAAUAUCCAUAUUCAAUAUGCAUGCAAGGGGUAGGGGUGGAUAAGGAGAAUUUGUAUAAAAUGUAAAAUACAUAAUGUCACCUAUCCUUUUUCUCCAGAGAUGCUGUCUGACCCGCUGAUUCAAUCCAACUUUUUGUGUCUAUCUUCGGUUUAAAUCACAUCUGUAGUUCCUUCCUACACAUAAAAUUAUCCAAUGUGCUCUUCCUGAAUGGGUAGUGAGGGUAGAUUCAAUCAUCUUUCACAGGGAACCGGAGACGUGCUAGAAAAGGAGACAUUUGCAUGCCAAUGGGGAAAGAACAAAGGAAUGUCACUAUUUACAUUGCUCUUUUACAGAGCAGGCACAUUCAAUGGAUUGAACACUCUCCUGUGAUUUAUCAUUGCAUGAUUUAGUCACGUUAACCCAAGCCAGAGCCAAAAACAGAAACACUGGGAGCACCCAACUCAAGCGGCAUCUGAGGAAAGAAAACCAGUCAACAUUUCGGAUCUGCAAUCCUACUCGUACUGAAAAACUUAACUGUUUCUCUCCAUAGAUGUCACCUGACCUGUUUUAUUCUAGCAUUCUCUUAUUUAAAAAAAUAUAUAUUUGCAGUAUUCAGAGUUUUAUUUUUAUUUUCAACCCAUAGCAGAAAUUCCUUUCCUUUCUAUUACUGCCAGUUAACUGACAACCAAUUUGUGAAGAAAUGCAUAAAUAAAUAGUGUUAACUUUUUUUCCAUCACCUUAUCGUGCUGUCGAACCAGAAUAUCUAAAAUUCUGUACUCCCCUCGAGUAAAAUGUUUGGGGAAUGUUUUCAUUUGUAAUGCCAAACAAAGGAAGACAAACUUAGAGCUUCCCCAGCCUUUCGCCAACUUUAAACUAAUUUGUUUUCUUUCCAUUCCUGUUCUGACAAUUAUGACCUGAAACAUUACGCCUGUUUCUCUUUCCACAGGGCAACAUGGUGGCACAGCGGUAGUGUUGCUGCCUUGCAGUGCCAUAGACCCGGGUUUGGUCCCGACUAUGGGUGCUGUCUGUAGGGAGUUUGUAUGUUCCCCCCGUGACCGUGUGGGGUUUCUCCAGAAUCUUCGGUUUGUUCCCACACUCCAAAGACGAACAGGUUUAGGGGUUAAUUGGCUUGGUAUAUAACUAAAAUUAUCCCUAGUGCAUAGGAUAGUGUUAAUGUGCGGGGAUCGUUGUUCGGUACGGACUCCUUGGGUCGAAAUGCCUGUUUUUGCGAUGUAUCUCCAAACUAAAAAAAAACGAAAUAUGCUGCAUGACAUGCUGAAUGUUCCCAAUAUGUGUAGGGAGGAACUGCAGAUGCUGUUUCAUACUGAAGAUAGGUCUGUUCUCAAUAUGUUCUGCUUUUAUUGCUUAAAGAAUGUUUGGAUCAAAAUAUAGUUUGUGUACAAAGGUUGACAGUUAGGAGACCAGAAUCAAGCAUUUGUUUAGAUAUAAAAGGACCUUCUACAUAGUGGCUGGCAUGGCUGUUUAUUAAUUCAUGCAACAUUUGCAGUUUGCCCAACUUUGUCCCUGCACAGACUGACCUAUGCAUUCAUCCCAGUGAAAGUUUAGUUUUUCCUGCUCUUUGAAGUUACUUCAAACGAUCAAGUAGUUACCUCUCAGAGUCAAAGUCCUGUCAACUAUUUACAUCAGAAGAUUGGCGAUUACAGACAGAUGGAUGGCUGCAAGAUUCAUACUCUAUCAGCUGACAUUUUAGCUCGGAACUCGAGAAAUAGCUUAAAUGACAUUAUCUCAGAAUUCCAAAAUGUCUGGUAUACUUUUUCUUUUUGACAAAAGAAACAGAAAAUUGCGUGAGACUUGUUCCCCCUAUUACUUAAACUUCCACUCUCAACUACCUCUGUGUUCCUCCAAUUUUUUUCCACAUUUGUAUCCCUGAUUUUAAUCAUUUCACAUUGAGUCUUCAACUGUCCCAGACUUAAGUUCAAUAAUUAUUUUCCUAAAUCUUCCCAUUUUAUUCUUCCACUGAAG